ACAUGUGUAAAUGAAGAAAUGCAUAAAUAUAGUAUAUAGAAUUACUGAAACAUUAAAUGAAUUUAUUUUUAACAGAACAUCAAUCACCAAUACACAUAAAAAAGCUAUCAAGUGAACCAGUGAAUAAUCCCGUUAAUAACAAUCAACAUGAAAAUUAUAGAGCAGAGCAAUCAAUCGAAAUAAUUCCAAUCGAGCUAAUAGAAUUGGAAAUAGUGGAAACAGAAGAUAUGAGUGAAGUUUCGACUGAGUCUAAUUUUUAUAUGGACAGCGGUGGAAUGUGGAAUACAUGGAAUUCUAAAAACAAUUAUAAACAUCAAUCUACUCCAUUUUCAAAUGACUAUAAAGAUAAUUCGACUGAAAAUCAGAAUUAUCCACCUGUGUCUAUUUACGAAGACCAGCAACCACCAUAUGAAAAGAAUAGUUUCCAUAUUUCACAUUCUCAUGAUUUGACGUCAAAUUUCAACGAUACUUAUCAACCUUCCAUAAAUAGAUAUAACCUUCAUAACCCAUCAGUGUCCUACACAGAUAGAUCUGAAACAUCACACAAUAAAAAUUUUGAUGUAUGGCAACUUCUCUCUCAGAAUAAUAAAUAUCAUCAACAUCCUUCUCUAUCACCUCCUCAUGAUAGAAAUGCUUACCCACCAUCUCCAAAUAAUAAUUUAUAUUACUAUCGACCAUCAUUAGAAUCACACUAUUAUAAACAUCAACGUGAUCCCCCAUCGCUGCCUCAGCCUCAUAUUAAAUAUUAUUACUAUCAUUCACCACAAUUUCAAAACAAGAAUGUUUUUGAAUAUCCAGUGCCAUCUUCUAACGAAGAUAAUCUUCAGAGUAAUAAAGUCUAUGACCAAGACAAUAAGAGAAAUCAAUUAACAUCUAUUGAAGACGAAUCGAUCGAGAUAGAUUACUUACCAUCCAGUAGAGAAGCCGCUAUUGACAUAAGAUCAAUAAAAGCUUCUGAUAUUGAGUAGUGUAUAAUGUCAGUAUUAUUAAUGUUUUAAGCGACAGUGAAUGUAAAAAAAGAAUAAAACAUUCCUUCGUGUAGCAUUUUAUUCAGUUAUUUAUCUUCAAUUAUUGGUUGAUUAAAAUAUGUAAUCAUUUAGUAUCAAGUAAGAUUUUUAGUAUCAUAUUGUAUCGUUUUUUCUUAAACUUACGUAUUGAGUGUAUUUAAUUAAUAGGUAAAUAUAACAAACAGCAACGGUUUUACUUUACCAGUAAAAAUAAGUUGUUUGAGUUAAUACUUAUUGUAAUAUCCCCUCCAUGUUUCAUAUACUAAAAAUUACUUCAAUUAUGUGUGAAGUUGUAAAAUGGCGGCUAAUCUUUUAAAUCUUGUAUAUUAUCGGCAAUUUGUAUAAUUUAGAUAUUUUAUAUAAUACCUAGGGAAUGUAUACAAUACUUGAGGCGACCAGACAAUGGAUAAAAAUUAUGAAUAUUAUGAUCCAUAGCAUACUUUCCCUAUGUAAUGUAUACAAUUCCUAGGGUAUAGAGUACCUGCUGUUUCACCUAGUUAAUUUCG